GUCACUACAGCAAGGUCGUAUGGGAUCUGAUCAAUGCAAAGAUUUGGGUGUGGUUGCCGACCAAUACGACGCAGUUAUUUGUGUGGGCGUGUUUACUGCUGGUCACGUGAAAGGCAAGGGAUUGGAUGAUGUUGUUCACGUGGUGAAACCUGGAGGCUUGGCGAGUAUUGGUGUGAAUGGCAAUGCUGCAGACGAUCCUCGAUAUCAAUAUCAUGAAAAAAUGAACCAACUUACUGUGGAGGGAAAAUGGAAAUUGAUCUCUAAAUAUUACGAACAGCAUUAUCUUAAAGAAGGCAGUGCUUGGUUCUAUGUCUAUCAAAUAUU